UUGAUAGAGAGAAUAGUAGCUGCGUCUUCUGGUGGUAACUUCGUUCUGUCUCAACCCCCACAAGCACAACAUAUUGCUGCGAAGCAGUAGGCAGACAGCUAAAGGUUGAAAAUGGACUGUCCACUUGAAAAUGUGUUGGAUUUAAUCAAAUACUUUCGAAAAGAGUGGCCUGUUGUGUCUGAUUCUGAGAGAACGACAAUAUAUGGAGCAGACAAUAUGCUUCUGACUUUACAGCUGGCUCUUGCUGAGGUUAAUAAACAGAAUGGCAAAGAAUUUUCUGCUUCUCUUAGUGAUGUGCUGCUAACAUGGAAAUGCUUAGUAAAACAUAAGCUUGGCCUGGCUUAUGAAGAUACAGCGGUUCCUGAGAAUUAUGCAGAUAUCAGAAAGACAUAUGAAUUGUUCCUGAAAACCAGUAAUUCAUUGGAUUUAAUUGAUAUUUAUGAAAAGAUCUCUACACUUGGUUCCAGCGAGCCACAUAACUUUACUUCUGAACAGCUAUUAGAAUUUCUCACUGAAGAUGAAUGCUUUUCAGGAGAUAAAGAUUUUCCAGUGGUAUCAACUCCCUGUAAAAAUAACUUUGAUGUUGUGAAGGUAAAGGCAACACUGAAAAGAAUAUUUCUUGCUUAUUUAAAUCUGCUGGUGAACUCUAAAAAUGAUUUUGCCUUGGCCCAAGUACUUAAUUGCCCAGAGAGGGGAUUAGGAAGAGAAGCCUUCACUGACCUUAAACACACCUCACGAAUGAAGAAUAUGUCCCUUUUCUUGGUGGCUACAUCUUUCAUAAGAACGAUUGAGCUUGGAGGUAAAGGUUAUGCACCAUCUGAGUCAGAUCCCUUAAGGAAACACUUGAAAGGACUUUCUCUUUUUGUUCACUUUGUUGAUAGACUUAAUGAAGUUCUUGGAGAGACAAAUGAUCCAAGAACGGCAGGGGAGCUGUUAUUGUCAACCAUCAAGAUGCAUCUCAUAAAAGGCAGAAGCAGUGGGGAUCCACUUAGUGAGGCUGCGACUGACGUUGCACAAGACCUGGAUCUGAGGAUUAAAAACCUUAUUAAUUUACUUAGUGAGGACAAAUAUAGUGUCACCCCAGGCAUCAGCCCAGCCAGGCCUAAAAUUCAUGCAAUAAACCGUGGCACUGCUUCAGGUGGUAGGGAAAUGAUAAAAACUCUGUUGAAACUUUUGGAUGAGGAAGCUGCAAAUCCCCCUAGCAAAAACAAAGCAGAUCUUCUUUGUGCUGAUGAAGAAAAUACUCUUUUUGGAGCAGUUUCUCUCUUUACCCUAUUUAGGUCUCCUGAACAGAAAAAUGGUUCUUCCCCCAAACCUCUAAGCCAUCGUGUGCAGAAAGCCAUGGAUAAAAAUAAGCCUAAGUUGAAACAAAACCUAAUCAGAUCUCAGUUUGCCUGCACCUAUAAAGACAGUAAUUUGGCUCAAAUAAAACAAUGGGAUUUUCCAAGUCUGAGCCAAGUUCCAACUUGUAUUCAUCCGGCACCAAGAAUUGUUCCAGUGCUUUGUUUUGACGAGGAGCCAUUAGAAAAUAGUGAUUUACAGAAACAAGAGCUUAAAUUAAGUUCUGGAAAUAUUGACCUGAAAACUGGUGGGCAAGUUAAGAACAAACCAUGCAAAAAUGUGGCGAACAAAAGGUCAAAGAGAAAGCAGGUGGACAUACAGAGUGAAACCACUAAUGCACAGGAGAAUGAACCCCCACAAAAGAAAGCAGUUGUUGAAAUAACAUCAAAAAAGGAAAAUAAACCGUGUGUACCAAGAAACUGCAAUAAAUCUUCAUCAAAGAACAAACUAAUUGCCGGACAAGCUAAAUUAACCAGUUUCUUCCGGGUGUAAAUUGCUGUCACUGGUUUUAACCCUUCUAGGGGUUAAAUUAAAUAUGUAGGAAAUGUUUCUAAAGAGUAGCCUUUCUGUAUAUACUGUGUUCUGAACCCUGUCACCUUUUUGGAAUGUUUUGAUACCCAGACAUGAGGAGCACCGAACUUCUAUGCUUCAGGGAACCUUGCUUUGCCUAGUGUAAGGGAGAUCAAGCAUCAUACUCUGACAUGGGUACUUGGAUUAUGUACUGUGCCAACUGAAAGCUGAUUCUUCCCUACCCAGCCCUGUAGUGCAGAGUGAUAAAGAUGCAGAGACAUAUUUUCUUUAAAGACCUUGCCUGCAUAUUUAUCUAAUUCCUAGACAAGCUUUUGUGUUAGGCCUGGUAGUUGCUGCUUGAUAUACAAAGUAUCUUCUGUUUUAGAAAAAAAAAUAUUGCAAAUUGCCCAGGUGAGCAAUUUGAGUAUCUAUACUUUUCAUUUUGUUGGAGGUAUUCUGUCUUAAUAGCUUCUGUGUCUGCAACUGGCUGUAAUAUUGAAUGUAAAUAUUUUUAUGGCCGAAAAUUAUUUGAUUUAUUUUAUUUGUAAAUACUUUUAUACUUUUACAAACAGUUAGGGUUGCCAUAGGUUUUUUUUUUUAUUUUGUUUUUAAUAAAAUUACACAACAAAUA